AAAUUAGUUGCCGCGUGGGGCCUGGGUUCUACAGCAUCGAUGUCCAAGAUGGCGGGCGACUAUUGUUUACAGGAAAAGAUUCCUUCUUCCCUUGCGACAUUUUAUCAUUUCUUGCCCCGAGCAAACUUUUAUUUCCUAAACACUUCGUCUACUUUUGCUCCUACCGAGGACGAAUACCAGCAGUCAUUGGUUCUCUAUGGCUCAGCCAUCGUCGUUAUUGGUUCUGUGGUAUCAUUCUUGCUAUUUAUACAUUUCCUUGUCUUCUGUGCUGCAACCUGCUGCAGACGUCCUGUGAUUCGCAAGCGACCCAAGCGCCUGGCCAUUCUCGCUAUACUCUUUUGUCUGUCUACCUUAGUAUGUAGUGCCUGCCUGAUUGCUGCUUAUGUCUUCAAUGACAAAGUGGAACAAGGUGUCAACUCUGUUACCAUAGCGAUAGGCAAUGUGAACAGUACUCUUGUGGAUUCACAGAUGCAGGUGGCAUCAAUUCAGAACAUCAUGGUUGACAUUCGCCAGACGGUUGAAAGCAUCAAGAUGUUGCCAAAUAUUCCCAAGGAGGGGAGACUGGCAUUGGCAAAUAUCGAGACAUUUACCAUCACUAUUAUUGAUACAGUUGGGAAAAUAAAGCCUACUACCCUACCAGAUAUCAAUAUCUACAUCACCAAUGCAGAAUGUUAUAGAUGGUGGACAUCAUUUGGUAUUGUUAGCCUGUCUGCCUUGAAUUGCUUGUUGGCAUUGUAUUCCUUGCUCAGGAAAUGUAAAACUGGAUUUAGCAUAUUUACAAUGCUUGGAACUUUGGCUUAUUUCCUUAACUGGGCUCUCAUUGGACUGCAGCUGGUGGCCAGUAUUGCAAUGUCAGAUCUGUGCUAUGACCCAAGGAGAACCAUUGAUUUUUAUUUGUCAAACAAGGUGCUUCCUAUAAGAAACAUUGCUAACUACUACAUUGAUUGCAAGAAAUCCAGUGACCACCCUUACAAAAAGUUUGCAGACACUGCAAUGCUUGAGUUGGCAAGUGCGGAACAGGUUGUUGAGUGGCUCAUCUUACAGGUCUGGCUCCCAACUUCAAGUGCCCAACAGCUCACCACUCAAAUAAACUCUACCAAGACAAGCCUGGACAAGAUUGAGACUGAUCUCAAGUGUUCAGCUGUAAAACAGCAAUAUGAUGACGCUCGCUGUGCAGUGUGCUAUCCAGUUGUCGAGGGGCUGUCUCAACUGCUACUUAUGGCAAUGAUUGUUUCGCUGUUUCUUGGAAUCGUGCUUUCUCUUAUCACUCCCAUCUAUAACAAAAUCCCCCAUAGAAAACCCAGAGGGCAAAAUGUCUUUGAAAUGUGUGCAGGGAGAGUGACGUCACCUGAGACGCCUUACCAGUCGGUGUCAGUGGACGAGAAUUCUCCACUCGUUCCAACGGCCCCGCCCCCAGAGUACCAAAGUUGUCCCAAUCGUGAUUUCCAGUUCCACUCAUGUCAAGAGGAUAUGGGACCACAGAUCCCCCGAAUACCCCCUCCUAGGGGAACACACAGCCAACCCACCAAGGAAAUAACCAAUGUGGCUUUGUGAAAAUUCCACAGAGAACCCAACAAGGAAAUAGCUUACUAAUGUGCUUUGUGAAAGCCAAUCAAGAAAGUCGCUAAUAUGGCUAUUUGAGUGUACCACAGGAAAUCAGUUAUGUGAAUGCUAUAGAAUGAAAGGCACUGGUGCCCAAGUUGCAUUAUUCUAAUAUGAAAUUGAGUUUUUAUUACAGUAAUUUUACCAGAAAGGUUUGCAUUUUAGAAAACACUUUUUAAAAGAGAUUUCAUUUUCAACUAAGGGUACAUAAAAAUCAAAUUCAUGACAAUUAGCAAUAACAAUGUGUAAAUAUUCAACAAUAUUUUUUUAAUAAAAUGAACAAUUGUAUGAAAUUUUAGAAAUUUAUAUGAAAAAUAAAAUUGGAAAAUAGCUUGGGCUGUCAGUCAUUUUUUAUCCCUUUGUGUAUAGGCUCUUACCGAAAGUGCUGUUGAAAAAAGCACUAAAUCCUUAAAGUUAUUUGUUUUUUUGUCGAAGAAGUGCUAAAAUAAUGCUAUUUUGUUAAAGUGCUUGUGGGUUACAAAAAAAAUGCUCACACUUCCAACUUUUUUAACCAUAGAACAAAACAUAAAAUCUUUGAGAUGAUGAGAUUCUCAACAACAUUUUUCAGCAACAAAAAAUAAUGAUGUUUUUUUCCAUUUAAGUCCAACACAACGUUUGAGGUUUUCUGAUCAUAUAGAGAUUAUUCCUCGCCAUCAUAGAACGAGCGUGAUGGACAGGCUUCUAAGAAGGCAACCCUGACUGUCAAACCUUUUCCACAGCCUACAAGGCUCCUGUGUGCAAAAAUGCGGCAUUGGACGAGAUAUAUGAAGUCGGAUUGUGCUAUUAGACGUAAAAUGACACAAAUAAUCAGUCGAAAAUAAAAAUGCUAGCAGUUGCUUUUUGGGAUAAAAUGUAAAAAAAAAAAAUUAUCGCAAAGCCAUAUAAUGCCCCCUUAAAAGUGCUAGCACUAUCGGUAAGAGCCUAUUUGAGAUUGAUGGCCUUGAUACUCUUAUAAUAAUCCAUUAUAAUAAUCCAUGGGCCUGAAAGUGAGCCAACCACCUCUUCUCCUCAGAUAUUUUGGAACUAGGAAUGAAGACAUCAUCUGAAGGUUUUUUCAUGGUGAUCCCCAAAAUAUGUCUAGGCUAUGGCCUUAAAGCGUGGUGAGGUAAAAACCACAGGGUUUGAAAAAGAUAAGAGAACAACAUUUCCAAGAGUUUCUUGGAGGAGCCAAGGUAGUGCAGUUGGCAGAGCUUCGUUCUGUAUGCACACAGCCUCCAGAUCUAAGGUAGUGCAGUUGGCAGAGCUUCGUUCUGUAUGCACACAGCCUCCAGAUCUCCAAACUAGGAUUUUUCCCUAACAUUUAAGUGCACCUUAGCCCGUUUAGCUCUCAAGCUAUUCUAGGGUGCCCGCACCGAAGUAUUGUCCCCCCUUGGUAUGCAACUCUAGGUUUUUUUUUUCCUCUCCCUCUCAAUAAAUAUAUGAAUAUAAAAA